GUGGUGGGGACUGUUCGAGCUUCCGCCUUCAUAUAAAAAACGCUGCCCUCACUCCAUUUCUCCUCCUCGAGGGUUAAACAAAAUACCAUCAAUUAUUUUUAGUUCCAUUUCUCUUUGCUCUGGGGUUUCGCUUCCUAUCUCUCUCUCUCUCUCUCUCUCUCUCUCUUGUAUGGUCGAACUCGGAUGUGUAUGCAUCCAUCGCUCUUCUCUGUCUCCAGAACCAGUAUCUGAAAGUAGAGAAGUUGAGGUGAGAUGACAACCCUAAGAUCGAGCAUGCCGACGAGGCUGCGGCGGCUUUUGUCUGGUGAAGCCAUAGGUCCAUCUCUUAAACUCGACUCCGAGCCACCUCCUAAAAUAAAAGCAUUCAUCGACAAGGUGAUUCAGUGCCCAUUACGAGAUAUAGCAAUUCCUCUUUCUGGCUUUCGUUGGGAGUACAAUAAGGGGAAUUUUCAUCACUGGAGGCCAUUGUUUCUGCAUUUUGAUACAUAUUUCAAGACGUACUUAUCCUGUCGGAAUGAUAUCCUACUAUCAGACAACAUUUUAGAAGAUGAUAAUCCAUUCCCAAAACUUGCAGUUCUACAAAUUUUACGGGUGAUGCAAACAAUUUUAGAGAAUUGCCAUAACAAGAGUUCAUUUGGUGGCUUGGAGCAUUUCAGGCUCCUGCUUGCAUCAACAGAUCCUGAGAUUCUCAUAGCUACGUUAGAGACUCUUUCUGCACUAGUUAAAAUAAAUCCCUCCAAGCUACAUCCGAGCGGGAAGUUGAUUGGAUGUGGCUCAGUAAACAGCUGUAUCUUGUCUCUAGCACAAGGAUGGGGAAGCAAGGAAGAGGGCUUGGGCUUGUAUUCAUGUGUUAUUGCAAAUGAGAAAACCCAAGAGGAAGGACUUUGUUUGUUUCCUUCUGAAAUACAGAAUGAUUGUGACAAGUCUCAGGGCAGGUUAGGUUCAACCCUUUAUUUUGAAUUGCAUGGGCUCAAUUCACAAAGCAUUGGAGAAAGCAGUGGCUGUGCUAGAUCUUCUUGUUCGAGUGUUAUACACAUCCCAGAUAUGCAUAUGCGUAAGGAAGAUGACCUAUUACUCAUGAAACAGUGUAUUGAGCAGUACAAUGUACCUCAGGAGCACAGGUUUUCUUUGCUGAACAGAAUCAGAUAUGCUCAUGCCUUUCGUUCUCCCAGAAUAUGCAGGCUGUACAGUAGGAUUUGCCUUCUUGCAUUUAUUGUGCUUGUGCAGUCCAACGAUGCUCAUGAUGAACUUGUUUCCUUUUUUGCUAAUGAACCAGAGUACACAAAUGAGUUAAUUAGGAUUGUGCGGUCAGAAGAAACUGUUCCUGGAACCAUUAGAACUCUUGCUAUGCUUGCCUUGGGAGCUCAGUUGGCUGCAUAUUCAUCAUCGCAUGAGCGGGCACGUAUCUUGAGCGGAUCAAGUAUUAAUUUUGCCGGGGGAAAUCGUAUGAUUCUCCUAAAUGUGCUCCAAAGAGCAGUCAUGUCUUUGAACAAUUCAAAUGAUCCAUCGUCUCUUGCUUUUGUUGAAGCACUUCUACAAUUCUACCUGCUCCAUGUCAUGUCAUCUACAAGUUCUAUGAGUGUCAUUAGGGGGUCUGGAAUGGUCCCCACAUUCUUACCUCUUUUGGAGGAUUCUGAUCCAACUCACAUGCAUCUUGUCUCUCUUGCUGUAAAAACCCUGCAAAAGCUCAUGGAUUACAGUAAUACAGCAGUGACACUGUUUAAAGACUUGGGGGGAGUAGAGCUUUUAGCUCACAGACUGCAAAUAGAAGUACAUAGAGUUAUUGGUUUGGAAGGAGCAAAUGAUAAUUCAAUGAUCAUUGGUGAAUGCUCAAGAUAUAAUGAUGUUCAGUUGCACACCCAAAAGAGACUUAUAAAAGCUCUGUUGAAGGCACUUGGGUCUGCUACAUAUGCCCCUGUAAAUUCCACCAGAUUUCAAAAUUGCCAGGAUAAUUCCUUGCCCAUCACUCUGUCACUGAUAUUCAGGAACGCUGAUAAAUUUGGAGGUGAUAUUUAUUUCUCAGCUGUCACUGUUAUGAGUGAAAUUAUCCACAAAGACCCAACUUGUUUUCCUGCCUUACAUGAAUUGGGUCUUCCGGAUGCAUUUUUAUCUUCAGUAGUAGCUGGAAUUCUUCCUUCUUCAAAGGCUCUCACUUGUGUUCCCAAUGGUCUUGGUGCCAUUUGCCUCAAUGCCAAAGGCUUAGAGGCAGUGAAAGAAACUUCAGCAUUACGGUGUCUUGUUGACAUAUUCACCACAAAGAAAUAUAUAGGAGCAAUGAAUGAUGGCAUUUCAACAUUGGCAAAUGCAUUGGAAGAGCUUCUGCGUCAUGUAUCUUCAUUGAGAAGCACUGGUGUUGAUAUAAUUAUUGAAAUUGUUGAUAGGAUUGCUUCCAUGGGGGAUGGUAAUGUUAGGGCAACAGGAAAAGUCAAUGGGGCUGCUGAAAUGGAAAUGGAUUCUGAAGAUGUACAAAAUGAAAAUAAUUGCCCUGUGGUUAGUGCAGUCUCAGUUGAUGAAGGAAUCAGUGAUGAACAAUUCAUUCAGCUAUGCGUAUAUCAUGUGAUGGCACUGCUUUACAAAACUAUGGAAAAUUCUGAAACAUGCCGAUUAUUUGUGGAGAAAUCUGGGAUUGAAUCUUUAUUUAAGCUUCUAUUACGGCCUAAUAUUGCACAGUCAUCUGAAGGGAUGGCUAUUGCUUUACACAGCACUGUGGUUUUUAAGGGUUUUAGUCAGCAUCAUUCUACUCCACUUGCGCGCGCCUUCUGUUCCUCCCUCAGGGACCAAUUAAAGAAAGCUUUGACUGGUUUUAGUGUGGUUUCAGGGUCUUUUUUGCUGGAUCCUAGAGCAAAACUAGAUAGUGGUCUGUUUUCUUCACUUUUUCUUAUUGAAUUCCUUCUGUUUCUUGCUGCCUCCAAAGACAACCGUUGGGCAACUGCAUUGCUAACAGAGUUUGGAAAUGAUAGCAAGGAUGUUCUGCAAGAUAUUGGACGUGUCCAUCGUGAAGUUCUAUGGCAGAUUGCACUCCUUGAUGAUGCCAAGUUUGAAAUAGAGGAUGAUGGUGCUGUUUCAGCUGGAAGCUCACAGCAAUCGGAUUUGAACACAGACGAAACUGAAGAGCAAAGAUUCAACUCCUUUCGUCAGUUUCUUGAUCCAUUGCUGAGGCGAAGGGUGUCAGGAUGGAAUGUGGAAUCCCAAUUUUUUGAUAUUUUGAAUCUUUAUCGUGAUCUUGGGCGUGCCACUGGUUUUCACCAAAGACUGGGUAAUGAUAAUCCUCCAAACCUGCGGUCUGGAGCCAGUCAUCAAGUGCAUCAGUCCAGCUCUUCUGAUGUUGCUGGAGAUAUUAGUAAAAAGGAAGAUGAGAAGCAGAAAACUUAUUACUCAUCUUGUUGUGACAUGGUGAGGUCACUUUCUUUUCACAUUACUCAUUUGUUUCAAGAAUUGGGAAAGGUAAUGUUGUCUCCUUCUCGUCGACGGGAGGAUACUGUUAAUGUUUCUCCUCCUUCAAAAUCAGUGGCUUCUGUUUUCGCCUCAACCUCACUGGAACUCAUGAAUUUUGGGGGUCAUGUGAAUCCUUCUGGAUCAGAGGUUUCUAUAUCAACAAAGUGUCGCUACUUCGGUAAGGUUAUUGAUUUCAUUGAUGGAAUUCUACUGGAGAGGCCAGAUUCCUGUAAUCCUAUAUUGUUAAAUUGCUUGUAUGGACGUGGAGUUGUUCAAUCAGUUUUGACCACAUUUGAAGCCACCAGUCAAUUGCUUUUUACGGUCAAUAGGGCCCCUGCUUCUCCUAUGGAGACUGACGAUGUAAACUCGAAGCAAGAUGAAAAGGAGGAAACUGAUCAUUCAUGGAUAUAUGGUCCCUUAGCUAGUUAUGCCAAAUUUAUGGACCACUUGGUAACGUCAUCUAUUAUUUUAUCUCCUUUUACGAAAAACCUGCUUGCACAACCUUUGAUGAGUGGUGAUAUUCCUUUCCCAAGGGAUGCUGAGACAUUUGUGAAGGUCCUUCAAUCCAUGGUGCUGAAGGCAGUGCUUCCUGUUUGGACUCACCCACAGUUUACUGAUUGCAGUUAUGAUUUCAUAUCUACAGUUAUAUCUAUUAUUCGGCACGUUUAUUCUGGGAUUGAAGUAAAAAGUGUCAACAGUAAUCCUGGUGCUCGAAUAACUGGUCCUCCUCCGAAUGAAUCAGCUAUUUCAACAAUUGUUGAGAUGGGAUUUUCCAGGUCUAGGGCAGAAGAAGCUCUAAGACAAGUCGGAGCCAAUAGUGUGGAGCUGGCAAUGGAGUGGUUGUUCUCACAUCCCGAGGAAAGCCAAGAAGAUGAUGAACUUGCUCGUGCCCUUGCCAUGUCUCUUGGGAACUCUGGGCCAGACACCAGGGAAGAUGUUUCAAAUGAAAACAGUCGGCAACUUGAGGAAGAAAUGACUCAGCUUCCGCCUGUGGAUGAGUUGUUAUCGACAUGUGUGAAGCUUUUGCAAAUGAAGGAAAAUCUAGCUUUUCCAGUUCGUGAUCUGCUUGUAAUGAUAUGCUCCCAGAAUGAUGGUCAAUACAGAUCCAAUGUUAUUUCCUUUAUUGUCAGUCAGGUGAAACUCUGUAAUUUGAUUUCUGACCGUGGAAACAAUGCAAUGCUAUCAGCUCUGUUUCAUGUUCUUGCUUUAAUUCUUCAUGAAGACAAAAUGGCAAGAGAAGUUGCCUUUGAGAAUGGACUAGUAAAACUAGCAUUGGAACUACUUUCACAAUGGGAUUCUGGUUUGUGCAAUACAGGGAAGCCGGAUGUGCCAAAAUGGGUAACAGCUGCUUUUCUUGCUACUGACCGUAUGUUGCAAGUGGAUCAGAAACUGAACUUUGAAAUUCUUGAGCAGUUAAAGAAGGAUGACAUAAGUUGUCAAUCCCCAUCUGUUAAUAUAGAUGAGAAUAAGCAAAACAAGUCUUCAUUAGGAUCCUCAUCAAGGCAUAUAGAUAUACAGGAGCAGAAGAGACUUAUUGAGAUUGCUUGUGGUUACAUCAAGAAUCAGCUUCCAUCGGAAACGAUGCAUGCUAUUCUGCAGCUUUGUUCUACUCUGACCAGAAAUCAUUCUGUUGCUGUUAGUUUUCUUGAUGCUGGAGGUCUACCCUUUCUGCUUUCUUUGCCAACAAGUAGCCUCUUUUCUGGUUUUGACAAUGUUGCUGCUACUAUAAUCCGUCAUAUCCUUGAAGAUCCCCAAACUCUGCAGCAAGCAAUGGAGUCUGAGAUACGUCACAGCCUUGUGGCUGCGGCUAACAGAAAUCCCAAUGGAAGACUGAGUCCUCGUAAUUUUCUCUUGAAUUUAACUUCUGUAAUUUCACGGGAUCCAGUUAUUUUUAUGCAAGCUGCUCAGUCUGUGUGCCAAGUUGAAAUGGUAGGUGACAGACCAUAUAUCAUCUUGUUGAAAGAUAGAGACAAAGAUAAAUGCAAAGAAAAAGAUAAAGAGAAGGACAAAGCAGUGGAAAAAGAUAAACCACAGAAUAUUGAUGGAAAAAUUGCUAUGGGUAAUAUGGGCUCUACUGGUUCUGGGAAUGGACAGGGCAAACUUCCUGAUUCAAACUCCAAGAAUGUCAAAGUCCAUCGGAAAUCCCCCCAGAGUUUUAUUAAUGUGAUUGAGCUUCUUUUGAAUUCUCUAAUAACUUAUGUGCCUCAUUUGAAAGAUGAUGCCGUGAUGAAUGCGCUACCUGAAACUUCAUUAAGUGACAUGGACAUUGACAUAGCUGCAAGCAAGGGAAAGGGAAAAGCCAUCGCAACUGUCUCCGAAGAGAAUGAAGCCCACAACCAGGAAGCUUCUGCAUCCCUUGCAAAGAUUGUUUUUGUUUUGAAGCUUUUGACCGAAAUUCUUUUGAUGUAUGCUUCAUCUGUCCAUGUUCUGCUCCGAAGAGAUGUUGAAAUUGGUAGCAGCAGGGGCCCUCCUCAGCGGAGUCCUACUGGAUACUGCACUGGUGGAAUAUUCCAUCAUAUUCUUCACAAGUUUCUUCCAUAUUCUAGAAAUUCGAAGGAGAAGAAGAAAACAGAUGGUGACUGGAGGAAUAAACUAGCAACUAAGGCUGGUCAGUUUUUGGUGGCAUCUUGUGUUCGCUCCACAGAGGCAAGGAAGAGGGUGUUUGCAGAUAUCAGCAACGUCUUCAAUGAUUUUGUUGAUUUACCUUCUGGUUUCAAAGCCCCAGGCAGUGAUAUUCAAGCGUUUAUUGAUUUGCUCAAUGAUAUACUGGCUGCUCGCUCACCUUCAGGUGUAUACAUCUCAGCAGAAGCUUCUGCAACUUUUAUUGAUGUUGGCCUUGUUAGGUCUCUGACUCGAGUUCUUCAAGUGUUGGACCUGGAUCAUGUUGACUCACCUAAAGUUGCUACAGGGCUUAUUAAAGCUCUGGAGUUGGUUACCAAGGAACAUGUCCAUUCUGCAGAUUCUAGUGCUGGGAAGAGUGAGAAUUCAACAAAAGCUGCUGACUGUAAUCAAACUGGAAGAGCUGAUAAUGAUGGUGAUAUAUCCCAGCCCAUGGAAACAUCUCAACCAAAUCAUGAUUCUGUGGCAGCUGACCAUGUUGAGUCUUUUAGUAAUGCACAAACCAAUGGCAGCUCUGAAGCUGUCACAGAUGAUAUGGAGCAUGACCAGGAUCUUGGAAGUUUUGCUCCUGCUACCGAAGAUGAUUAUAUGCGUGAAACUUCAGAGGAUGCGAGGGGUCUUGAAAAUGGCAUUGAUACAGUAGGGAUAAGAUUUGAAAUCCAGCCACGUGUGCAAGAGAAUAUAGUUGACGAGGAUGAUGAUGAGGAAAUGUCUGGGGAUGGAGACGAAGUAGAUGAAGAUGAAGAUGAAGAUGAGGAUGAUGACCAUAAUGAUCUGGAAGAAGAUGAAGUCCAUCACCUGCCACAUCCUGACACAGAUCAGGAUGAUCAUGAGAUUGAUGAUGAUGAGUUUGAUGAGGAGGUGUUGGAGGAAGAGGAUGACGACGACGAUGAUGAUGAGGAUGGGGUUAUACUUAGGCUUGAGGAGAGCAUCAAUGGAAUAAAUGUUUUUGAUCAUAUUGAGGUUUUUGAUAGAGAUAAUAAUUUUCCCAAUGAGACUCUCCACGUGAUGCCUGUUGAAGUCUUUAGUUCUAGACGACAAGGGCGUACUACAUCCAUUUACAGUCUCUUGGGUAGAACUGGUGACAACUCUGCUCCUUCACACCAUCCACUUUUAGUGGAACCUUCUUCCUCCCUCACCACAGCCUCUUUGAGACAGACAGAGAAUGCUCGUGAUAUGGUCUUCCCUGAUAGGAACUCAGAGAGCACCUCAUCGCGAUUGGAAACAAUUUUUAGGUCAUUGAGGCAUGGACGCCAUGGACACCGGCUUAAUUUGUGGAUAGAUGACAGUCAUCAUGGUGGGACUUCAAAUGCACCUGUUGUACCCCAAGGCCUUGAGGAGUUGCUUGUUUCCCAGUUGAGGCGACCAACCCCUGAGAGAACUUCUGAUCAGAACACAUCAGCUGUGGAACCUCAAAGUCAGGGUGAACCUGCUCAGUUACAAGAACCAGAAGCUGGUGUAAGACCUGAAAUCCCAGCUGAAAACAAUUGUAACAGUGAAAGGGAUCAUGUUCCCCCUCCAUCUUCUACAGCAGCAGAUGGAUCUGGCAAUGCUGACAUCAGGCCUACAGGGAAUGAAUCUCAGCAAGGAGCAGAUGCUUCAAGCAUGCACUCUCAAUCUGUUGAAAUGCAGUUUGAGCACACUGAUGUGGCUGUGCGGGAUGUUGAAGCUGUGAGCCAAGAAAGUAGUGGAAGUGGGGCAACAUUAGGUGAAAGCCUUAGAAGCCUUGAUGUUGAAAUUGGAAGUGCUGAUGGCCAUGAUGAUGGUGGGGGAGAAAGGCAAGGUUCUGCAGAUAGAAUACCUCUGGGUGAUGUUCAGGCAACUCGUUCAAGAAGAACAAAUGUAUCAUUUGGUAAUUCAGCUCCUGCAAGUGUGAGGGAUUUGUCCCUUCACAGUGUAACUGAGGUUUCUGAAAAUCCUAGUGCAGAAGCCGAUCAGGGUGAUCCAGCUGAGGAGCAGCACAUCAAUGGUAGUGCUGAUUCUGGACCAAUUGAUCCUGCAUUUCUGGACGCUCUUCCUGAAGAGUUGCGUGCUGAAGUUCUUUCAGCUCAACAGGGUCAAGUGGCGCAGCCUUCAAAUGCUGAACCCCCGAAUGCUGGAGAUAUUGAUCCAGAGUUUCUUGCAGCUCUUCCUCCAGACAUCCGAGCAGAAGUUUUGGCACAACAGCAAGCACAAAGGCUACAUCAAUCACAAGAACUUGAAGGUCAACCUGUUGAAAUGGACACUGUUUCAAUAAUUGCAACAUUUCCUUCAGAAUUACGAGAAGAGGUUCUCCUAACAUCGUCAGAUGCAAUUCUUGCGAAUCUCACACCUGCUCUUGUUGCGGAGGCACACAUGUUGCGAGAAAGAUUUGCACAUCGUUAUCAUAAUCGUACACUCUUUGGUAUGUACCCUAGAAGCCGUAGAGGUGAGUCUUCUAGACGAGGUGAGGGUAUUGGAUCCAACCUAGAUCGAGCUGGUGGGAGCAUCAUUUCACGCAGAUCUAUGGGAGGUAAGCCAGUUGAAGCUGAUGGGGCUCCUUUAGUUGACUCAGAAGCUCUGAAAGCCAUGAUUCGGUUGCUUCGUGUGGUUCAGCCACUUUAUAAAGGCCAGCUGCAAAGGCUUCUCCUGAAUUUGUGCGCCCACAGUGAAACUAGAACUGCUCUGGUGAAAAUUCUGAUGGACAUGCUGAUGCUUGAUACAAGGAAGCCUGUCAAUGACUUAAGUGCUGCUGAACCAUCAUAUCGGCUGUAUGCUUGCCAGAGUAAUGUGAUGUAUUCUCGUCCUCAAUUCUUUGAUGGAGUACCUCCCCUAGUGUCUCGGCGCAUUCUUGAAACUCUCACUUACUUGGCUCGAAAUCAUCCCUAUGUGGCAAAGAUUUUGCUUCAGUUUAGACUGCCUGAGUCAGUCCUACAAAAGCCGGAGAAUCUUGAUCAGGCUCGUGGCAAGGCUGUGAUGGUUAUUGAAGAGGUUGAAACAGGAGGAAAGCAGCUUAAUGAAGGAUACGUGCCCAUUGCACUGCUUUUGAGCCUUUUGAAUCAACCCCUUUACCUAAGGAGUAUAACUCAUCUCGAACAGCUCCUGAAUUUAUUGGAGGUAAUCAUUGAUGAUGCUGAAAGCAAGUCAAUUUCAUCCAGCAAUUCUGGGGCAUCUGCUCCUGAACAAAGAUCUGGUCCUCAGGUUUCAGCUUCAGAUGCUGUGGUAAGUGCAGAUUCUGGUGCUACGUCCUCUGCUAUUGAGGUAACAUCCUCUAAGGCUGACGACUCCACCAAACCCUCAACUUCUAGUGCGAAUGGGGAAUGCGAUUCUCUGACAGUUUUACUUAAUCUACCACAAGCAGAACUCCAGCUUUUAUGUUCAUUUCUUGCGAGAGAAGGUCUGUCAGAUAAUGCAUAUGCUCUUGUGGCGGAGGUAUUGAAGAAGUUGGUGGCCAUUGUUCCAUCUCAUGGUCAUUUGUUCAUUACUGAGUUAGCGAAGUCCGUGCGCAAUCUAACGAAAUCUGCUAUGCAUGAGUUGCACAUGUUUGGAGAAGCUGAGAAAGCUCUUCUCAGUUCAGCAUCCUCUGAUGGGGCAGCAGUUCUGAGGGUUCUGCAGGCAUUAAGUUCUCUCAUCAGUUCAAUGAAUGAGAGAGAGAAGGAUCAUCAAAGGCUACACGAAAAGGAUCAUACAGGAGCUAUUUCUCAGAUAUUGGAUAUAAAUGCAGCUUUGGAGCCUUUAUGGCUGGAAUUAAGCAGCUGCAUAAGCAAAAUAGAGAGCUAUUCAGAUUCCACUCCUGACUCGACAACUGCAGCUAUAAUUUCAGCAUCUAAACCAUUGGAUGUAAUGCCUUCACUUCCUGCGGGUACACAGAACAUCCUACCGUACAUAGAAUCCUUCUUUGUUAUGUGUGAGAAGUUGCAUCCAGGGCAGUCAGGUGCAAGUCAUGACUUUGGUAUUGUUGUAGUUUCUGAUGCUGAAGAUGCUACUACUUCUGUUGGUCAGCAGAAGACAUCAGGAAUUGUUUCAAAAGUUGAUGAAAAACACAUUCCUUUUGUCAAAUUCUCAGAGAAGCACCGGAAGCUUCUUAAUGCUUUCAUCCGGCAAAAUCCUGGGUUGCUAGAGAAGUCUUUCUCACUUAUGCUGAAGGUUCCCCGCUUCAUAGAUUUUGAUAAUAAACGUUCUCACUUCAGAUCAAAGAUAAAGCAUCAGCAUGAUCAUCAUCACAGUCCUCUUAGAAUUUCAGUUAGGAGAGCUUACAUUCUUGAAGAUUCAUAUAACCAACUGCGACUGCGGUCAACUCUAGAUUUGAAAGGGAGGUUGACUGUUCACUUUCAAGGGGAGGAAGGCAUUGAUGCUGGUGGACUUACAAGGGAAUGGUAUCAAUUGUUGUCUAGGGUUAUUUUUGACAAGGGAGCGCUAUUAUUUACAACUGUGGGCAAUGAAUCAACAUUUCAGCCGAACCCCAACUCUGUUUAUCAAACAGAACAUCUCUCAUACUUCAAGUUUGUUGGUCGAGUUGUUGGUAAAGCACUUUUCGAUGGACAAUUGUUGGAUGUCCAUUUCACUCGAUCUUUCUACAAGCAUAUCCUGGGGGUUAAGGUUACAUAUCAUGAUAUUGAAGCAAUUGAUCCUGAUUAUUUCAAAAAUCUUAAGUGGAUGCUUGAGAAUGAUAUAAGUGAUGUUCCAGACCUUACUUUUAGCAUUGAUGCUGAUGAGGAAAAGCUGAUAUUGUAUGAAAGGACACAGGUAACUGACUAUGAACUAAUACCGGGUGGACGUAACAUUAGAGUUACUGAGGAGAACAAGCAUAAAUAUGUUGAUUUAGUUGCUGAGCACAGAUUAACAACUGCCAUUCGUCCUCAAAUAAAUGCUUUUUUGGAAGGGUUUAAUGAACUAAUUCCUCGGGAUUUAAUAUCUAUCUUUAAUGAUAAGGAACUGGAGUUGUUGAUUAGUGGUCUUCCAGAUAUUGACUUGGAUGAUAUGAGGGCGAAUACUGAGUAUUCUGGAUACAGUGCUGCAUCUCCUGUUAUCCAGUGGUUCUGGGAGGUGGUUCAAGGUUUUAGCAAGGAGGAUAAGGCUCGUCUUUUGCAGUUUGUGACUGGAACCUCUAAGGUACCCCUAGAGGGCUUUAGUGCACUCCAAGGAAUUUCAGGCUCGCAGAAGUUUCAAAUUCACAAGGCAUAUGGCAGUCCUGAACACCUGCCUUCUGCUCAUACUUGUUUCAACCAGCUAGACCUGCCAGAGUAUCCUUCCAAACAGCAUCUGGAGGAGAGACUGCUGCUUGCCAUUCAUGAAGCCAACGAAGGGUUUGGGUUUGGUUGAGGAACGAGGGCACAAAUAGUCCAUGUAGAUAAUAUUUGUUAGGAGAAAAUCUUGAGAGAUUCGGAAUUCAAAUUAAUACAUGUUUAUAUGACUUUGUACAGUCGUAUAUCCACUGGCAAAUGCUGGCAGUUUUUCAUUUUGCCAAUCUGCUGUUCGUCUCCCGUAUUAUCACGUCUUCUUCUGUUCUGCUUCAUCCUUACCCGGUGAUAUGGGUGCCUCCCAUUCCUUAUUAGAUUUUCAGUUUGAAUUUAGUGAUUUCAAAUAGAUUGGUAAUUGUUGGUUUCCCUUAUAGUUCGAAAAUGGAUUCGAUAGAAUUAUCAAAUAAAAGAAAUGAUAAUAAUUGCAAAGAUUAUCCAA